UACACCUGAACCAAUGCAGAGAGUAGAACCACCAACAGGACCCUGGCAAGAUGUAGCUAUUGAUGUGUUGGGUCCACUUCCUUCUGGAGAGAGUUUACUUGUAGUAGUAGACUACUACAGCCGUUUCUUUGAAGUGGUAAUUAUGCGGUCAACCACAUCACAGAAGAUGAUAGAAGCACUAACACCGAUCUUUGUACGUUACGGCUAUCCAUUUACCCUCAAGUCUGACAAUGCAGCUCAGUUUGUAUCGGAAGAAUUCGAAGAGUUCCUGUCUAAGAAUGGCAUCGAGCAUCGAAAAUCUCCUCCACUUUGGCCCCAAGCCAAUGGUGAGGUUGAACGACAAAACCGAACCUUGCUUAAAGUGCUCAAGAUAGCCCAAGUGGAAGGAAAGAGGUGGAAAGAUGAGCUGAACAAGUUCCUGGUGGCGUACCGAACAACUCCUCACUCUACCACUGGGAUGACCCCAGCAUCUCUAAUGUUCGGAAGAGAGUUGAAAACAAAACUGCCUGAAUUACGCCCCAACAAGAGCCUGCUGGAUGAAAGCAUCAGAGACCGAGACUGGAACCACAAAUUGUCUAUUAAGCUCUAUGCUGACAAGCAAAGGAAUGCAACUUUCAACCCAGUAGUCCCUGGUGACAAGGUUCUGCUUAAAAACACCAAAUCACCUGGUAAGCUGGCUCCAAAGUUUGAACCUCAGCCAUACACCGUCCAGACCAAGGAAGGACAAGAACUCACCUUGAAAGCAGACAAUGGCACCUUGUCUAGGAGAAACAGCUCUUUUGUCAAACCUUACAACACCCCUGGAGAGCCAGAGUCUUCUCCUCCUGAACAGAGUUCCAGAGAAGCAAACCCCCCAAGCCCAGCUCCAGCAAUGCCUGAGUCUAGCACAACCUCAAGUACGGCAGAGACAAGAAGCAGACCAACCCGUGCUACGAAAUUGCCUGGAAGAUUUAAAGACUUUGUCCUGGACAAAUGAACUGACUUGUUUGAACUUUUUAGACUUUUCACUGAACAUGAUUUUGUUCAGAACAGUUUGCGGUUUGAACCCUCAUAUUGUUUAUGAGUAUUUGAUAUUGUUGUUGCUCGUUAUAAAGACAUUUUUCUUGAACUCAAUUAACUGCAAUUAAUUGCGACAAAGGAAGGGAAUGUAGUGUUUAGGCUAUUGAGACAUUUCGUGCCGCAUACAUGGUGUAAUGUAGGUUCGAGUUGCAUCUCGAGUAGCGAAAAGCAUGGCGUGUUGUAAAAGUCGUGUGCAGUGAAU